CUUUAACUCCAUCAAAGAGUCGCACGUGUCGGCUCUGUCACCCUCAUGAAGGGCAGUGAAAAUACUUCAUGUCGUUCGCGAAACUCCAUCCGCGGGACUUGCUGGAUUAUAACGCGACUUAUCGGAUACUGAUCUGUCGCGAGUGCCAAUACGCGAUCCAGAAAAGCGCGAUCUCCAGCCACCUGUUACGCCACAAAAUCUAUCGUGAAGAAAGACAAGCUCUUCUUUCGUUUGCAAACGGGCUCGAUCUCUUCGAGCCGGAAGAAGUGCCUGUACCUGUCUCUGGAACACCAGCCGUGGAUGGCCUUCCUGUUAUCUCUGGAUACCGCUGCAUCAGCUCAUCCGACUAUGAGGGCCUAUGCGCAAGUCUCAAACGCAUGAAGCGCCAUCAAAGCGACUUCCAUAGCGUUAACGACCUUUCCAAUGUCCAUGCGUUUGCGCGGCCAGCACAACUCCAGACGUUUUUCCGAGGCACCAAGCUCCAGUACUUCGAAGUAAUACCAAUUUGGCCAGCUUUCCGUACCACGCGUGAAUCUUCACAGCGCACAUUGAAUACAACGCGGUCGAUUGAAGACCGCUCUAGUAUACAACAGAAUGCGUUGCUCCAGUUUUGAAUGAAGGGAGUCAUCAAUGGGCCGAAUAUGUCGCCGUCGUUCAGAACAUCAUCAGAGGAGACGCGCGGGGAUAUCCUAAUGUGCAGCACUCUAAUUGCAGUAACGGGAAGUAAGAAGUAGUUGUUAGCAGACUUGCGUAAAGACUACAGCUAGAUAAUACAGAUAACAGCGUCUAAUGUAGCUAGCUUGUUACUUAGAACUAAGAUUGUCUUAGGAUUGUUAAUAGUAACAAGCAGAUAUAGCGUGUUGCUAGAGAUAGUUUCUUUGUAGAUAUACAGACAUUGUAACAAUACAGUUAGAGCGUUAGGAUACUUAGAAUCUAUUUCUAGCUCUAGA